AUGAGAGGAAAAAACCCACCAUAUUAUUAAAUUUGCUCUCCUUAAAGAGCACCUCAACUACUUUAAGUUGUACCAUAGUAGCCUAAUUAAAACGACAGAUUAAUUAACUUAAAAUGCGAAAAGGUAUUGAUGGGAUUUGAAAUACAAAGGCAGAACUAAAUAAUAAAAGAGCUUGAAGAAAAUAAAAUUUAGUUAGAACAACAGAUGUAAAAUUAUUUAAUAUUGUAGAAAAACUUAUAAAGAUGAAUAAAAGAUUUUAUUGUUAGAAAUAUCUUCAUUAAAUCAAGAGAUGAAGAAAGUUAAGGACCAAGAAAAAAAUAAUAGAGAGUCGAUGGAUGUGUUUGUCAGAAAUUAACCUUAACUUGAUAAUUAAAUGAAAUUUGACCUUUCUGCUGAAUAUUAAAAGUUAAAGGAAGAAAAUUAAUAUUUAGAGUCAAAAAUAUCUUAUUUAUUAAGUAUUAAUUAGUUAGAAGGUAAAUAAGAUGUUUCCACAACAAAAAAAUUAAAUUUCGAUCCACAUAAAGCUUAAAAUCCAAUAUCUUAGAAUAUUCAAAAACUUUUAGAUUAAUUAUAAAAUAAUCUCUAAAGUCAUAAAUCAGGAAGCUCCAUUCAAAAUAAAUAUAUUAAUUCCUUAACAAUUUUAAAGGAAAUCAUAAAAUCUCAAAUAUCUUACCUAACUAAUUAAGGAAAUUAAAAUGCAGAAGUUGAUUAUUAACAGCUUGAAAUAUAUUUGACUGCAAUAAAUUAAGACAUUGAAGAUUUAAAAUCUUAUGAAACCCCAAAAGCAGUGAGACGAAUUUUAGAUAAUUAAAGCCCAUAACUAGGAAGAUCAUGCUCAUAAGGUUUAUCAUCAAAUGAAGUCUUUUCAAAAAUAAUUGGUCAUAUUGAACAUUUGUAACAAGGAGCUACAAAUAUUCCAACUAUUUUAAAAUAAAUUUCUUUGCUUAAUUCUUUAGUUAGAUUAAAAAAUGAAGAUCUUAAACUGAUAAACAAUAAUAAUAAAUUAAGGUAAUCACCUACUAGAUUCUCAAUCGCCAUCAGUCCUGUAAAAUAUCUAAGCCCAAUUAGAAUUUCUCCUAUAAAAAUACAACCUUUUAUAAUGAAUAUGAGCGCUCCUUAAAAAGUUUCAAUAAUUUAAUCAAAUAUACAUGAUUCACAUUAGACUAAUUAAAAAUAAAAUGUUGUUGAUUCAUUUCCAAUAUAAUAAAGAGAUGAAUUUCAAAAUGUUCUAAAUUCUUUUAGAGAUAAUUAAGGGAAAAUCAGCUAAUUGGAGUAUGAAAAUAUAUAAUUAUCAGAAUAAGUAAAAUUGAUUCGUUAAAGAUAUGAAUAACUAAUUUAAAACUAAAUUUAAUAGUCAGAAACUUAAGGUCUAGAAACAGAAAGUUUAAACUUAAGGAGAAAAAAUCUAGAUUUAUAAUAAUAGAUCAAUGAAUUUAUAGACGAAAGAAUAAAACUUUAAAGAUCAGUCGAAUAUUACAAAAACCAGUAUUAAUAAAUAAUAAACUUGUUUAAUGAAGAAAAAUAACCAAAUGAGUAUAAAAAGGAAAUUAUAUCUUAAUAAGAUAAAAUAAAUAAUUUAGAAAAUGAAAAAUUACUUUUGAAUGAUGAAUAUACUACUUUAAUUGAAAAAAAUGAUACUUUAAAAAAAAAUUAAAUAUAACUUUAAGAUUAAAUAAUAGAUUUAUUAAAAGAAGUCAAUAAGUAAAAUAAUGAAUAAUAUGAUGAUAAAGAUAUUGAAAGUGUAGAGGAAAAAUAAGAGGAUUAAUUAAAAUAAUUGAAUAUUUUAAAAACUGAGAAUUAAAUUUUAAAAGAUUAACUAGCAGAGGUAGAAAAUUAAAAAUGUGAAGAUUUGAAAUAGUUUAAAGAAAUUUUAGGAAAAGGAGCAGAUUAAUAAUGCAUAGCAGAUAUAUUAACAUAAAAACAAAAACUAUAAUAAGACUAAAGAUAACAUUUAAUUUAAAUAAAUAAAUUAUAAUAAGAGUUAAUAGAAGAAUAAAAUUAAAAUUAGUUGAGAUAGAAAGAGUUUAAAAAGUAACAAGAGUAAUAAGAAAAAAAAGAUCAAUAAACCUAAGAAAACAAGAUUGAAUUAAAUGCUUUAUAAUUACAAAAAGAAAUAAAUAGAUUAAUAAAUGAAUAAAUUAAUUUAAAAGAUGAAUUACUACAAACAAAGAAGCAAGUAAAUGAAUAAUUGCAAUAAUAAAUCUAAAAACCUCAAGGUGGAGAGGAGAAAAUUCAAUCUUAAACAGAUCCUGAAAAAGUGUUAUAAAUCAGCUCUCUCUAGGCAGAAUGCUUGAAUCUGAAGAAACAAAUAUAGGAUGUUGAGUAGCAAAGAAAGGAUGAUCUCAAGAAUUUCGAGAAAAUGCUUGGAGAAGGAGUCAAUGAAUCGUAAGUAAUUGGAUUGACUUCUGAUAAAUAGUAACUAUAAUCUGAUUUAAGACAAUUACUAAAUAAAUGUGAUCAAUUGUAGUAAGAACAAAUUGCAUUGUAGAAUUAAUUACUUUAGAAGAACAGAUAAAUUGUGGAUUUAUAGGAUGAAAACAAACAAAGUGAGAAAGCAGAACAAAUCCGGGAAAAGGAUAACGAGAUAAAACUAUUGGAAUAACAAGUACAAACAGCUAAAGAUCAGUAUUAGGAGCUUUUAGACUUACAAUAAUAGAACUUAACUCCUGGAGGAUAAAAGGAGAAGAUAUUAUAAUAAACCAAAAAAAUUCAUGAUUAAUAAGAAGUUAUGAAUGAACUUUAAUAGAAGGUGGAAACUGAUAUACCUUAACUCAAUAGACUCUUAUGUGAUGCUGAAGAGAAAUUAAAAGAAACCUAAAAUGAAGCAAAUUUAUGGAAAAAAAAUUAUUAAGAUCUGCAUGAAGCUAAAUAAGUGAAAAUAGAUGAUUUUGUGAAAGCAGAAGAGAUACAAGGAUUAAAUUUGGAGUAAGCAAAAGAAACUUUAUAAAAAUUAAAUGAAGAGUUAAAGAAAUCAAAACUUAUCAAUAAUGAAUAGCUUAAGGUGAAUGAAUAGCUGAAGGAUUAAAUAGACAAGUUUAGAUAGAAAGAUGUUAAAUAAAAUUAAGAAGAUACAACCUAAUUACAAAAUUAGAUUGAUAAAUUAUAAAAUGAAUAAAUUAGUUUAAAGGAUGAAUUACUACAAACAAAGAAACAAGUAAAUGAACAAUUGCAAUAAUAAAUUUAAAAACCUCAAGGUGGAGAGGAGCAAAUUCAAUUCUAAACAGAUCCUGAAAAAGUGUUAUAAAUCAGCUCUCUCUAGGCAGAAUGCUUGAAUCUGAAGAAACAAAUAUAGGAUGUUGAGUAGCAAAGAAAGGAUGAUCUCAAGAAUUUCGAGAAAAUGAUUGGAGAAGGAGUCAAUGAAUCGUAAGUAAUUGGAUUGACUUCUGAUAAAUAGUAACUAUAAUCUGAUUUAAGAUAAUUACAAAAUAAAUGUGAUUAAUUGUAGUAAGUUCAAAUCGAAUUGUAGGAUUCAUUACAUUAAAAGAACAGAUAAAUUGUGACAUUAUAGGAUGAAAACAAACAAAGUGAGAAAGAAGAACAAAUCCGAGUAAAGGAUAACUAGAUAAAAAUAUUGGAAUAACAAGUUUAAACAGCUAAAGAUCAGUAUCAGGAGCUUUUAGACUUACAAUAAUAAAAUUUAACUCCUGGAGGAUAAAAGGAGAAGAUAUUAUAAUAAACCAAAGAAAUUCAUGAUUAAUAAGAAGUUAUUAAUGCACUUUAAUAGAAGGUUGAAACUGAUAUACCUUAACUCAAUAGACUCUUGUGUGAUGCUGAAGAGAAAUUAAAAGAAACCUAAAAUGAAGCAAAUUUAUGGAAAAAAAAUUAUUAAGAUUUGCAUGAAGCUAAAUAAGUGAAAAUAGAUGAUUUUGUGAAAGCAGAAGAGAUACAAGGAUUAAAUUUGGAGUCAGCAAAAGAAACUUUAUAAAAAUUAAAUGAAGAGUUAAAGAAAUCAAAACUUAUCAAUAAUGAAUAGCUUAAGGUGAAUGAAUAGCUGAAGGAUUAAAUAGACAAGUUUAGAUAGAAAGAUGUUAAAUAAAAUUAAGAAGAUAAAACCUAAUUACAAAAUUUGAUUGAUAAAUUAUAAAAUGAAUAAAUUAGUUUAAAGGAUGAAUUACUCCAAACAAAGAAACAAGUAAACGAACAAUUGCAAUAAUAAAUCUAAAAACCUCAAGGUGGAGAGGAGCAAAUUCAAUCCUAAACAGAUCCUGAAAAAGUGUUAUAACUCAGCUCUCUCUAGGCAGAAUGCUUGAAUCUGAAGAAACAAAUAUAGGAUGUUGAGUAGCAAAGAAAGGAUGAUCUCAAGAAUUUCGAGAAAUUGCUUGGAGAAGGAGUCAAUGAAUCGUAAGUAAUUGGAUUGACUUCUGAUAAAUAGUAACUAUAAUCUGAUUUAAGACAAUUACAAAAUAAAUGUGAUCAAUUGUAGUAAGAACAAAUUGCAUUGUAGAAUUAAUUACUUUAGAAGAACAGAUAAAUUGUGGAUUUAUAGGAUGAAAACAAACAAAGUGAGAAAGCAGAACAAAUCCGGGAAAAGGAUAACUAGAUAAAACUAUUGGAAUAACAAGUUUAAACAGCUAAAGAUCAGUAUCAGGAGCUUUUAGACUUACAAUAAUAGAACUUAACUCCUGAAGGGUAAAAGGAGAAGAUAUUAUAAUAAACCAAAGAAAUUCAUGAUUAAUAAGAAGUUAUUAAUGAACUUUAAUAGAAGGUUGAAACUGAUAUACCGUAACUCAAAAGAUAAUUGUGUGAUGCUGAAGAGAAAUUAAAAGAAACCUAAAAUGAAGCAAAUUUAUGGAAAAAAAAUUACUAAGAUCUGCAUGAAGCUAAAUAAGUGAAAAUAGAUGAUUUUGUGAAAGCAGAAGAGAUUCAAGGAUUAAAUUUAGAGUAAGCAAAAGAAACUUUAUAAAAAUUAAAUGAAGAGUUAAAGAAAUAAAAACUUAUCAAUAAUGAAUAGCUUAAGGUGAAUGAAUAGCUGAAGGAUUAAAUAGACAAGUUUAGAUAGAAAGAUGAUAAAUAAAAUUAAGAAGAUAAAACCUAAUUACAAAAUUUGAUUGAUAAAUUAUAAAAUGAAUAAAUUAGUUUAAAGGAUGAAUUACUAAAAACAAAGAAACAAGUAAAUGAACAAUUGCAAUAAUAAAUCUAAAAACCUCAAGGUGGAGAGGAGCAAAUUCAAUCCUAAACAGAUCCUGAAAAAGUGUUAUAACUCAGCUCUCUCUAGGCAGAAUGCUUGAAUCUGAAGAAACAAAUAUAGGAUGUUGAGUAGCAAAGAAAGGAUGAUCUCAAGAAUUUCGAGAAAUUGCUUGGAGAAGGAGUCAAUGAAUCGUAAGUAAUUGGAUUGACUUCUGAUAAAUAGUAACUAUAAUCUGAUUUAAGACAAUUACUAAAUAAAUGUGAUUAAUUGCAAUAAGAAUAAAUCACAUUGUAAAAUUAAAUACUUUUGAAAAACAGAUAAAUUGUGAAUUUAUAGGAUGAAAACAAACAAAGUGAGAAAGAAGAACAAAUCCGAAUAAAGGAUAACUAGAUAAAACUAUUAGAAUAACAAGUUUAAACAGCUAAAGAUCAGUAUCAGGAGCUUUUAGACUUACAAUAAUAGAAUUUAACUCCUGGAGGAUAAAAGGAGAAGAUAUUAUAAUAAACCAAAGAAAUUCAUGAUUAAUAAGAAGUUAUUAAUGAACUUUAAUAGAAGGUUGAAACUGAUAUACCUUAACUCAAUAGACUCUUGUGUGAUGCUGAAGAGAAAUUAAAAGAAACCUAAAAUGAAGCAAAUUUAUGGAAAAAAAAUUACUAAGAUCUGCAUGAAGCUAAAUAAGUGAAAAUAGAUGAUUUUGUGAAAGCAGAAGAGAUACAAGGAUUAAAUUUGGAGUAAGCAAAAGAAACUUUAUAAAAAUUAAAUGAAGAGUUAAAGAAAUAAAAACUUAUCAAUAAUGAAUAGCUUAAGGUGAAUGAAUAGCUGAAGGAUUAAAUAGACAAGUUUAGAUAGAAAGAUGAUAAAUAAAAUUAAGAAGAUAAAACCUAAUUACAAAAUUUUAUUGAUAAAUUAUAAAAUGAAUAAAUUAGUUUAAAGGAUGAAUUACUACAAACAAAGAAACAAGUAAAUGAACAAUUGCAAUAAUAAAUCUAAAAACCUCAAGGUGGGGAGCAGCAGAUUCAAUUCUAAACAGAUCCUGAAAAAGUGUUAUAAAUCAGCUCUCUCUAGGCAGAAUGCUUGAAUCUGAAGAAACAAAUAUAGGAUGUUGAGUAGCAAAGAAAGGAUGAUCUCAAGAAUUUCGAGAAAAUGCUUGGAGAAGGAGUCAAUGAAUCGUAAGUAAUUGGAUUGACUUCUGAUAAAUAGUAACUAUAAUCUGAUUUAAGACAAUUACAAAAUAAAUGUGAUCAAUUGUAGUAAGAACAAAUUGCAUUGUAGAAUUAAUUACUUUAGAAGAACAGAUAAAUUGUGGAUUUAUAGGAUGAAAACAAACAAAGUGAGAAAGCAGAACAAAUCCGGGAAAAGGAUAACGAGAUAAAACUAUUGGAAUAACAAGUACAAACAGCUAAAGAUCAGUAUUAGGAGCUUUUAGACUUACAAUAAUAGAACUUAACUCCUGGAGGAUAAAAGGAGAAGAUAUUAUAAUAAACCAAAGAAAUUCAUGAUUAAUAAGAAGUUAUUAAUGAACUUUAAUAGAAGGUGGAAACUGAAGUGCCACAGCUCUAAGGACAAUUAAGCGAAGCUUAGGAGAAAUUAAAGGACGCCCAAAAGGAUGCAGAAUUGUGGAAUAGAAAGUAUCAUGAAUUGCUAGAGAGCAAAUAAACUUAAGUUCAGAACAUUCUUGCUCCAGAAGAAAUUGAAAAAUUAACAUCUGAAGAAGCCAAAAACGCUCUUACAUAAUUGAACAACUAAUAUUCUGAUAAAGUUCAAGAAAAUAGAGAAUUAGAGAUGGUUGUUUAGCACCUUCGACAAGAUCUGGAUUCUUCAUAAGAGAAAUUGUAAUAGCAAUUAAAGGAAGCCCAACAAGAAAAAGCUAUUCAUGAAUAAUAAACUCAAAUCCUUAAUAAUUAAUUGCGAGAUUUAGUUGCAAAGGAUGAAGUUCAAAGAUCAGAAAUCUUGGAUUUGAAAAACAAAAUUGAUUAAGAGAAUGCUGACUUUUGGAGAAAACAAUAUUAGUAAUUGGCAGAAAAGUAGCCUGAAAUUAGUUCAACAUAGGCAGGUGACAUUCAAGAACAACAAGUGGAAGCAGGCUAACAAAAAGGAGAAGAGAAGCCCAGAGAAGGUUUGAAUGAAGAACUUGAAUUACUGAAGAUAAAAUUAGAGAAAUUAAAUGAUUUGUAAAAAGAAAAUGAAGAAUUGAAAGCAUAGCAAAUUUUAAUUUAAGAUGAAUUACUACAAACAAAGAAACAAGUAAAUGAACAAUUGCAAUAAUAAAUCUAAAAACCUCAAGGUGGGGAGCAGCAGAUUCAAUUCUAAACAGAUCCUGAAAAAGUGUUAUAAAUCAGCUCUCUCUAGGCAGAAUGCUUGAAUCUGAAGAAACAAAUAUAGGAUGUUGAGUAGCAAAGAAAGGAUGAUCUCAAGAAUUUCGAGAAAAUGCUUGGAGAAGGAGUCAAUGAAUCGUAAGUAAUUGGAUUGACUUCUGAUAAAUAGUAACUAUAAUCUGAUUUAAGACAAUUACAAAAUAAAUGUGAUCAAUUGUAGUAAGAACAAAUUGCAUUGUAGAAUUAAUUACUUUAGAAGAACAGAUAAAUUGUGGAUUUAUAGGAUGAAAACAAACAAAGUGAGAAAGCAGAACAAAUCCGGGAAAAGGAUAACGAGAUAAAACUAUUGGAAUAACAAGUACAAACAGCUAAAGAUCAGUAUUAGGAGCUUUUAGACUUACAAUAAUAGAACUUAACUCCUGGAGGAUAAAAGGAGAAGAUAUUAUAAUAAACCAAAGAAAUUCAUGAUUAAUAAGAAGUUAUUAAUGAACUUUAAUAGAAGGUGGAAACUGAAGUGCCACAGCUCUAAGGACAAUUAAGCGAAGCUUAGGAGAAAUUAAAGGACGCCCAAAAGGAUGCAGAAUUGUGGAAUAGAAAGUAUCAUGAAUUGCUAGAGAGCAAAUAAACUUAAGUUCAGAACAUUCUUGCUCCAGAAGAAAUUGAAAAAUUAACAUCUGAAGAAGCCAAAAACGCUCUUACAUAAUUGAACAACUAAUAUUCUGAUAAAGUUCAAGAAAAUAGAGAAUUAGAGAUGGUUGUUUAGCACCUUCGACAAGAUCUGGAUUCUUCAUAAGAGAAAUUGUAAUAGCAAUUAAAGGAAGCCCAACAAGAAAAAGCUAUUCAUGAAUAAUAAACUCAAAUCCUUAAUAAUUAAUUGCGAGAUUUAGUUGCAAAGGAUGAAGUUCAAAGAUCAGAAAUCUUGGAUUUGAAAAACAAAAUUGAUUAAGAGAAUGCUGACUUUUGGAGAAAACAAUAUUAGUAAUUGGCAGAAAAGUAGCCUGAAAUUAGUUCAACAUAGGCAGGUGACAUUCAAGAACAACAAGUGGAAGCAGGCUAACAAAAAGGAGAAGAGAAGCCCAGAGAAGGUUUGAAUGAAGAACUUGAAUUACUGAAGAUAAAAUUAGAGAAAUUAAAUGAUUUGUAAAAAGAAAAUGAAGAAUUGAAAGCAUAGCAAAUUUUAAUUUAAGAUGAAUUACUACAAACAAAGAAACAAGUAAAUGAACAAUUGCAAUAAUAAAUCUAAAAACCUCAAGGUGGGGAGCAGCAGAUUCAAUUCUAAACAGAUCCUGAAAAAGUGUUAUAAAUCAGCUCUCUCUAGGCAGAAUGCUUGAAUCUGAAGAAACAAAUAUAGGAUGUUGAGUAGCAAAGAAAGGAUGAUCUCAAGAAUUUCGAGAAAAUGCUUGGAGAAGGAGUCAAUGAAUCGUAAGUAAUUGGAUUGACUUCUGAUAAAUAGUAACUAUAAUCUGAUUUAAGACAAUUACAAAAUAAAUGUGAUCAAUUGUAGUAAGAACAAAUUGCAUUGUAGAAUUAAUUACUUUAGAAGAACAGAUAAAUUGUGGAUUUAUAGGAUGAAAACAAACAAAGUGAGAAAGCAGAACAAAUCCGGGAAAAGGAUAACGAGAUAAAACUAUUGGAAUAACAAGUACAAACAGCUAAAGAUCAGUAUUAGGAGCUUUUAGACUUACAAUAAUAGAACUUAACUCCUGGAGGAUAAAAGGAGAAGAUAUUAUAAUAAACCAAAGAAAUUCAUGAUUAAUAAGAAGUUAUUAAUGAACUUUAAUAGAAGGUGGAAACUGAAGUGCCACAGCUCUAAGGACAAUUAAGCGAAGCUUAGGAGAAAUUAAAGGACGCCCAAAAGGAUGCAGAAUUGUGGAAUAGAAAGUAUCAUGAAUUGCUAGAGAGCAAAUAAACUUAAGUUCAGAACAUUCUUGCUCCAGAAGAAAUUGAAAAAUUAACAUCUGAAGAAGCCAAAAACGCUCUUACAUAAUUGAACAACUAAUAUUCUGAUAAAGUUCAAGAAAAUAGAGAAUUAGAGAUGGUUGUUUAGCACCUUCGACAAGAUCUGGAUUCUUCAUAAGAGAAAUUGUAAUAGCAAUUAAAGGAAGCCCAACAAGAAAAAGCUAUUCAUGAAUAAUAAACUCAAAUCCUUAAUAAUUAAUUGCGAGAUUUAGUUGCAAAGGAUGAAGUUCAAAGAUCAGAAAUCUUGGAUUUGAAAAACAAAAUUGAUUAAGAGAAUGCUGACUUUUGGAGAAAACAAUAUUAGUAAUUGGCAGAAAAGUAGCCUGAAAUUAGUUCAACAUAGGCAGGUGACAUUCAAGAACAACAAGUGGAAGCAGGCUAACAAAAAGGAGAAGAGAAGCCCAGAGAAGGUUUGAAUGAAGAACUUGAAUUACUGAAGAUAAAAUUAGAGAAAUUAAAUGAUUUGUAAAAAGAAAAUGAAGAAUUGAAAGCAUAGCAAAUUUUAAUUUAAGAUGAAUUACUACAAACAAAGAAACAAGUAAAUGAACAAUUGCAAUAAUAAAUCUAAAAACCUCAAGGUGGGGAGCAGCAGAUUCAAUUCUAAACAGAUCCUGAAAAAGUGUUAUAAAUCAGCUCUCUCUAGGCAGAAUGCUUGAAUCUGAAGAAACAAAUAUAGGAUGUUGAGUAGCAAAGAAAGGAUGAUCUCAAGAAUUUCGAGAAAAUGCUUGGAGAAGGAGUCAAUGAAUCGUAAGUAAUUGGAUUGACUUCUGAUAAAUAGUAACUAUAAUCUGAUUUAAGACAAUUACAAAAUAAAUGUGAUCAAUUGUAGUAAGAACAAAUUGCAUUGUAGAAUUAAUUACUUUAGAAGAACAGAUAAAUUGUGGAUUUAUAGGAUGAAAACAAACAAAGUGAGAAAGCAGAACAAAUCCGGGAAAAGGAUAACGAGAUAAAACUAUUGGAAUAACAAGUACAAACAGCUAAAGAUCAGUAUUAGGAGCUUUUAGACUUACAAUAAUAGAACUUAACUCCUGGAGGAUAAAAGGAGAAGAUAUUAUAAUAAACCAAAGAAAUUCAUGAUUAAUAAGAAGUUAUUAAUGAACUUUAAUAGAAGGUGGAAACUGAAGUGCCACAGCUCUAAGGACAAUUAAGCGAAGCUUAGGAGAAAUUAAAGGACGCCCAAAAGGAUGCAGAAUUGUGGAAUAGAAAGUAUCAUGAAUUGCUAGAGAGCAAAUAAACUUAAGUUCAGAACAUUCUUGCUCCAGAAGAAAUUGAAAAAUUAACAUCUGAAGAAGCCAAAAACGCUCUUACAUAAUUGAACAACUAAUAUUCUGAUAAAGUUCAAGAAAAUAGAGAAUUAGAAAAUAAUUAUAAAUAAAAUAUGUCGCUUUUGUUUUCAAAACAGUAAGAACUAGAAUAAUUAUAAAUGUCUAACUGUUAAAAUCAAGAAAUUUAAAAUUUAAAGUUAACUUAAUUAUAAAACAUAAUUGAUGAUUAAGCAAAUUUUAUCAGUACAUUAAAACAACAAAUUUAAAAUUUAUAAUCUGAAAUAGUCGAAAAUAAUGCUACUUUUUGGAAAUAAUCAUAUAACUAAUUAUUAGAAGAAUUUCAAAAAACAAAUCAAAAUUAACAUAGUUCAAAUGAUGAAUCAGUAUCACUUUAAACUUCCUAGACUAAUAUAUUUUAAGAAACUCCAAAACCAUAAGUAGAUUUUUAAAAUUUGAAACAAUAAAAUGAAGAUUUAAUGAAGAUUAAAUUUUAGUUAUAAUAAGAGUUAAUCGAUGCUUAAAAUCACAUAUCUCUUCUACUUAGCGAAAAAUAAGAAAAACCAUUAUGCUAAGAAGAAGGUAUUAUUUUUUCUACUGAUCCAGAAAAAGUUUUAGUUAUAUCUUAAUUACAAUAAAAGAUUGAACUAUUAAAUAAAUAACUUUUCGAAAUUGAGUAGUUGAGAAUAGAAGAUCUAUAGAAAUUUAAAGAUAUGAUUGGAAAUGGAAUCAAUGAAAGUAAUGUAGCAGCUCUUAUGCAAGAAAAAUAAGCAUUAUAAUCUUAAAUAAUAAAACUAUAAACUUAGAUAGAUUAACUUUAAUAAGAACAAAUUGUAAUCUAGAAUUAACUAAUUUUAAAGACAAGAAAGAUAAUAGAAUUAGAAUAGAGUUUAAAAUAAGAUUCAAAUUUAGAAAACAUGAUUCAACUUUAGAAUGAGAACAGGUUACUUCAAGAAGAAUUGUUGAAAUUCAAAAAGUCCUAUUAAGAAUUACUUGAAGGACAAUCAGAAAACUUAACUCCAAAUAGUUUAAAAGAAAAAAUAUUAAUAUUUUAAAAGCACAUACACGAUUUGGAAGAACAAAUUUUAAUUUCUUAAUAAAAAUAUGAGAGCGAAAUUUCAUCAUUAGUUGGAUAAUUAAGUGAAAGUUAAUAAAGAUUAAAAGAUUCUAAAGUUGAUGCUCAGUUAUGGGACAAGAAGUACCAUGAAUUGCUGGAAAACCGUUAAAAUCUACCAACACUGGAAAUCGAAGAUCUAAAAAAAAAAUUAGAAGAAGCUUAAUUAAAUGCAGAAAAGGAGAAAGAAAAAUAUCAUCUACUUUUAUAAGAAGAACUUUCAUAACUUUCCCCUACUUCUGCUCAAGCUAAACUUUUGUAGGCAAUGGAACAAAUUAAUUAAUUAAAAUUAUAAUUAGAAAGUAAUAAAGCACAAGCUUAUCAAUAGCCUUAGUAAGAGAUUGAAAAAUUAUAAGAUGAAAUUGAAAAUUAAAUAAGAAAAAUUGAAAAUUUCGAAUAAAUAAAUCAAAUAACAAAUCAAUAAAUUGAAUAUUUAAAAGGAGAAUUAUAAAAAAAAGAAAUAAAUCCCCCUUCUGAAGAUGUGCUAUCAAUUAAAGAAUAAAAUAUACUAUUAUAGUCGCAAAUUACUUAAAAAAUAAGGGAACUAAAGGAAGCAGAUGAGUAAAAUAAAUAGCAAUAACAAAAAAUUUUUGAUACUUAAAAAGAUCAAUAAAAAGCAGACUUUUGGAAAAUAUAAUAUUAAGAUUUGCUAUCAUAGUAAUAUUCACAAGAAAAAUCUGUAUAAAUAUAGGAAUAAAAAGAACUGCAAAUUAAUGAGGAGCCUUUGCUUGAGGAAAAUCAAAAAAAACUUUUGCUUUAGGAAUAAAUAUAUUAAUUACAAAUAGAAAAGGCAAAUCUUUCAUAGCAACUAAUAGAAACUUAAAAAACAGCCAAUAUUGUUCUUCAGCCUAAAUAAUAAGAAGAAUUAUUAAACAAUCGACAAAAUGAUCUAAUUAAGAGUUUAGAGAAAUAAAUUGAAGAUUUAAAGAAAGAAAAUAAAGAGUAAUAUUUCAUUUAUUAUUUUUAGUAUUAUUGAAUAAAUGAGAACAGCACUUGACGAAAAUGAUGUCUAAAAAUAGGUAGCUUAACUUAUUGAAAUUAACAGUAAAUUAAAUUUAAAUAAUGCAAAACUAUUGAUUGAUAUUGAAAUUAAUUAAAAAGAAUUAAUUAGAUAGUAAUCUCAAGUUUAACUUUUAAAUAAUACUCUUAAUGAUCUUUAAGAUCUAAAUGGGGCUGAAAAUGCAAAAAUGAGAAUUUCAGAUUUAGAGAAAUAACUAGAUUUAAUUGGAUAAUAGGUGGAAUUUUGGAAAUAGAAAUAUUAAUAAGUCUUAAGUGAAUAUAGUAAAUAAUUAUCCCCAACUAAUGUUCAACUAAAGAUGUUAGAAUAAACAAAAUUAAUCCAUGAAUAAGAAGAAGCUUUAUUGCUACUAUAAAAAACCAAAGAUUAGUCAAAAUUAGAGAGUGAUUCUGAAAUAAAUAAUCUACUUAUCAAAAAUAAAGAAUUUCAAGAAGAAAAUGCAGUUUUGAGAAAAAAAUUGCAAGAUUACUAAAAUUAAACUCAAUAAUUAUCUAUACAAAGAGUCAUAUCGCAAGGUGAAAAUGAGCUUUAGGUUUAAUAUUGGAAAGAUAAAUAUUAAGAAGCCUUAGAAGCCUUAUACAAAGACCCUGAACAUGUAUAAGAAAUACUCAAAUAAAAAGAAGAAGUUGCCCAGACUUUAUAUUUUGAUAAAGAUUCUUAAUCUAUUCAUGAUCCUGAAUCUGAUUUAAUUGAAAAAUUAAGAAGUGAAAAUUAAACAUUUUAAGGGGAAGUUACUUUUUAUAAAAAACGAGUUUAUGAAUUAGAAUAGUAAUAGAAAAUUGAACCUAGUUAAUAAGACACUGUAUAAUCUAGACAAUAUCAAAUUACCUAGCUUGAAAAAGACCUUCAAAAAGCUCUUACAAAUUGUGCAUAUUGGGAAUAAAAAUAUAAUGAAAUUGUCUAACAAAAUAUCAAAAUUGAAACUCAAAAAUUUGGAGGCGACCCUACUCAAACUGCAACUUUUUGGAGGUAAAAAUAUGAUUAAGUGGAACUUAAUCGAUAGUAAUUGAUUUAAGUAAUUGCAGAAAAAGAAGAAUAACUAGAAUUAAAUAUGUUGUCCUUCUAGUCAAUUCUGAAAGAUGAGUUGAAAGAAGAACUUACUAAAAUAAGAACUUAAGAAAGAUAAAAAAUAGAACAAUAAUUUUAGCAAUAUUAUCCAUAGAGUGAGUCAAUUCUAAUAUAAAAAUUAAAAGAUUCACAUGAAAUAGAGAAAGAAUAACUUAUUUAAGAAUUCUUAAGAAGAAUAGAUUAAUUGUUACAGAGUAAUGUGUAAAAGUAUCCUGAGGGAGAAAAUUGGAAGGAAUUAAUUUUAAGAUAUGAAAAAUAAAGACAAAAUGAACUUUAUGAACUAAGAUAGCAUUUGGAAAUUUUACAAAGAUCGUAAGUUUCUACCAAAGAUAUAGAAUUCUAUGCAGAAAGAAGAGCUUAUGAAAAUACAAUUAAUGAAUUAAGAGCUAGGAUGUCCCAAGAAGACCCUUAAGAACUUUACGAUACCAUAGAAUAUUAAAGAAAAGUUAUUUUAGAUUAAGAAAACUAAAUCUAAUUUCUGUAAAAUGAGCGAACAAAUCUAGAAAUGCAUAUAAUGUAGUUGAAUUAGUAAAUCGAUCAAUUAAAAGAUAACAUUUCUAAAUUCUAAAUAUAAUAGGAUCAUAGAAAAAGGCAGAGAGCUGAAGUUCUUGAAGCUAUUGAAGAAAUGAAAAGAGAAAGAGCUGCUGAUAGAGAAUCUUUUAAGUCUCCUUACAGAUAAAUGAGACAAAGUUAGCGAAGAACAUCUUGGGAUAGGUAUCCUAAGGACUUUUUAAGACCUUCAAAUAUUUAAUAACCUUCCCCAUAUUAACAUCAUCAAGCUUCACCUAUGCAUAAAAUUCCAUUGUAGCAAUCCUAAUUUAUUUCUCCAAAAUAGGAAAAUAGAGAAAUAACUAUAAAGUUAUAGGAAUUAGAUGAAGUUAAAUAUAAGUAUUAAUCAGCUUUGAAUAAUAUUCUAUAGCUUGAAACCUAAGUAAUAGAAAAACUUUAGCAAGAUGAUUUGUAGAUUGAAUGA